AUGCAUUUUUAUUACUUUUUCCUUUCUUUUCCUUCAUUCUUUCGACAUUUCACUAUUAUUCAUCUCAUUUAUUUGAAUGUUUUUACUCUCUUGCGGUGUUUAAUUCUUUCAUCUGUCGACCAAUCAUGCGUUGUUUCUUCUUUUAAAACUCAGUGCAUAAAGACUUUAUCAUUCAAUUUCUUUCUUACCCGUGUACAUCCUUUUCAAUUCAUAUUUAUCUCCCUGAAUCCAUUCUUUCCUUUAUUCUGGCUUUCUUUUUCGUUCUUUAUUCUGGCUUUCUUUUUCGUUCUUUAUUCUGGCUUUCUCUUUUUUUCGUUCUUUAUUCUGGCUUUCUCUUUUUUUCGUUCUUUAUUCUGGCUUUCUCUUUUUUUCGUUCUUUAUUCUGGCUUUCUCUUUUUCGUUUUUUUCUGUUUCUUUUUUUCGUUCUUUAUUCUGGCUUUCUCUUUUUUCGUUCUUUAUUCUCUUUCUCUUUUUUCGUUCUUUAUUCUGGCUUUUCUUUUUUUCGUUCUUUAUUCUGGCUUUCUUUUUUUUCGUUCUUUAUUCUUUUUUUCUCUUUUUUCGUUCUUUAUUCUGGCUUUCUCUUUUUUUCGUUCUUUAUUCUGGCUUUCUCUUUUUUUCGUUCUUUAUUCUGGCUUUCUCUUUUUUUCGUUCUUUAUUCUGGCUUUCUCUUUUUUUCGUUCUUUAUUCUGGCUUUCUCUUUUUUUCGUUCUUUAUUCUGGCUUUCUCUUUUUUUCGUUCUUUAUUCUGGCUUUCUCGUUCGUUCUUUAUUCCUUUCCUAAAAUGUCUUUUUUCUUCAAAAUCAUUUUUUCCACUGUCUUUCGUCCCAUCAUUCCGUCCUUUAAUCUACAUCAUGAUGAAUCUAUCGUCUCGCCUGUUUUCCACCUGCCAAGCAAAAUUAUUAACUCUCUCUUCUGCAGGGAUCUAUCUAUCUAUCUAUCUAUCUAUCUAUCUAUUUACCUUUCUAUCUAUCUAUCUAUCUAUUUACCUUUCUAUCUAUCUAUCUAUCUAUCUAUUUACCUUUCUAUCUAUCUAUCUAUCUAUUUACCUUUCUAUCUAUCUAUCUAUCUAUUUACCUUUCUAUCUAUCUAUCUAUCUAUUUACCUUUCUAUCUAUCUAUCUAUCUAUUUACCUUUCUAUCUAUCUAUCUAUCUAUUUACCUUUCUAUCUAUAUCCUCUAUUUACUUUCUAUCUAUCUAUCUAUGUUGCCUUUCUAUCUAUCUAUCUAUCUCUUUCUAUCUAUCUAUCUAUCUUUUACCUUUUACAUCUAUCUAUCUAUCUCUUUCUAUCUAUCUAUUUUGUCCUUCUGUUACCUCUCUCUCUAUCUAUCUAUGUUGCCUUUGUUACCUCUCUCUCUAUCUAUCUAUGUUGCCUUUGUUACCUCUCUAUCAAUCUAUCACGUCCUCUUACCUGAUUUCACUUUUUCUAUUGUAUAUGUCCAUCUUUCAUUAUUUAUUUCUAUCAAGAAAUUUAUCACAUGAACAUUUCUACUUCUCAUCCCUUUAUCUCCGAUUUCUCCUUCAUUCUCCGCUCCUAUCCCCACUCCUCAUUAUAUUUCCCCCUCUGUAUGAACUGUUAACUGCUCUCAGUCAUUUCCCUCCUCCAUUAUCUCUCCAAAUCAUAUUCCCCGUACCAUAUCAUUACAUCUUAUGUUAUCUUCUAUCCGUAUAA